ACACUACCGCCACCACCAACAUUAUUAUAACUAUUACAAUCAAACUACUACUACUACCACCACCACUACUACUACUACUCCAAACGUCAUCAUCAUAACUGCACCUGUUAUCACCAUUAACACCGCCACCAGUACUGAAACUACACGCGCCCCGCGACACACGUGGGGAGAUUGGGGUAGCAUUUGCGAAGUGGUCGUGGUGGAGGUUGCGGUAACUGCUACUACAUGUCAAGCGGUGAAGUGAAAAAUAGAACGAGGCAAGUAGAACCCGAGAUGUUGACAAAAACUGAUGGACGCGAAAGGGACUGGUGAAUUUAUAGAGACAAUGGGUUUAAGUAUAUCAAGACGCAAAUUCAAAGAAGAUGAGCAAGUAAAGGUGAAUGUAGAUGUGGAUAUGUUAAAGAUGAUGCAAAAAGGCCAUGGAGGUUGGGAUCCCCGGAUGGAAGAUCUCAUAGGGCAAGUCCGUUCUGUCCAUGGAAUCUACCCUUCUGGUGAUGUAGUUGUGGAAUAUAGAGAGAUUAGAGCGUAUUUGACCUUUAAUCCUGACGCUUUAACAAAGGUCAAUCAGUGAGACCUCUUAGAUUAAUCUGUUUGCUAUCAUUGAACCAGUUAAAACAUCUGAACACAUCUAAACCUUGAAAAUAGUACGAUCACAUCUCUACCUGUGUCGAGGAUAUAAAAUAUUUCUUUCACUCUCUUCUAUACUUGAUCUCAUUCCCUUCAAAUUUAAUUCCUUCUAAAUCAUCACUAUUCAUCUACUUACCUGGUCCAACAGCUACUGCCUCGUUGUGACGAACCAACACACAUCUCUAUACUAUACAACUCAUUUCGCCUACGACCUGUGACCUUGUCACACUUUUAAUCAGAUGACGGUUGCACAUUCUUCAUCUCCACAAUGCUUUGAGAUAAUCAUACUCUCUCUAAACCUCAUUUUCUGACUCUCUCUCUCUCUCUAAAGUGUGAUAUUGUACCGAGGAUAUAUAUAUGUAUAUUAGUGGUUAGGGUGUCAGCAUC